GAUCGAGUCGAUACGUUUCAAAAUGGCGGACGCAAAGUAAAAAAUCUGAUGAGAAGGGUUGCGUUUAAAAAAUGCCAGUUUUCAGCAGGCCAAGGCAACAAUACCAGACCAUUGGAUUGGUCGCAGGGUCUGUUGCUGUUGUAUUUCUUGCAAAGAAAUAUGGGCCUUGUUUUAUAAAAUAUUUGCGAUUUUAUCUCCAUCAAAAGUUUGCCACCAGCAAAGCAUCUGCCCAAGACAACACCCAAGGCAAAACGCCAGCCUUUAACUUUGAGUUUUUAAGACAAUUCUACAAACUUUUAAAAAUUUUUAUUCCUCGUAUUUGGUGUAAAGAAUUCGGGUUGUUGGCCUUGCAUUCAGCGUGUCUUGUCGUCAGAACAUUUUUAUCCAUUUAUAUUGCAACCUUGGAUGGUCGUUUGGUGAAGACGGUCGUUGAAAGGGACUUUACAAACUUUGUAAUACGUCUCUCGCAGUGGCUUGGAAUGGCUCUUCCUGCCACUUUCACAAACAGCAUGCUUCGGUAUUUAGAAAGCAAGCUAGCACUUGCAUUUCGGACAAGGCUGGUUAAGUACACGUACAAUUUGUACUUUUCAAGUCAGGUCUACUACAGAGUAGGAAAUCUUGAUAAUCGCAUAGGUAAUGCUGAUGAAAGACUGACUGAGGAUUUGAGGUUGUUUUGUCGUUCAGUUGCACAUUUGUAUUCCCAUCUGUCGAAACCUAUAUUAGAUGCGGUGAUGGUUUCUGUAGCCUUAGAUCGGAUUGCAAGGAAACAAGGUUCCAGUGGGCGUCUACCUUUGACGCUUGCUGCAGUUGUCAUUGCAGUAUCAGGUCAGAUUCUCCGAGUAGCCUCACCAAAGUUUGGUAAGCUGGUAGCAGAAGAGUCGCAGCGCAGAGGGAAUCUACGUUUUGUACAUUCUCGUAUUGUUACAAAUGCUGAGGAAAUUGCAUUUUAUGAUGGGGCAAAGGUGGAAUGUUCAUUGUUAUGGAACAGCUAUCAAUCCCUUGCUUCUCAAAUGGAGCUGCUCUUCAGUAAACGUCUUUGGUACAUCAUGUUAGAACAGUUCCUGAUGAAGUAUGUCUGGGGUGCUGCUGGCUUUGUUAUGGUUGCAUUCCCUGUGAUGUUUGGAAGCAAGACAGAAGGGGAACGUGAUGGUGGUAUUGGUGAAAGAGCACGCUUUUUCACCACAUCAAGACAACUCUUGGUAUCUGGAGCUGAUGCUAUUGAAAGGAUAAUGUCAUCCUAUAAAGAGAUCACUGAACUGGCUGGUUAUACUUCCCGUGUGUCUGAAAUGAUAACAGUGUUUGAAGAUCUGAAGGGGGGUAAAUAUUGUCGGAGUAUGUCAAAAGCUCUGGAGAAUCAAAGUCCUUCUGAGGAAACAGAUAUGGUCAAGAUCAGCCUUGAUCACAGACAUGGAGAGGUUGUUGAUGUGGCCAGCUUGCCAGGAGGAGAGAUUUAUGAUUCUGAACAUCACAUCAAUCUCUCAGAAGUGCCGAUAAUCACACCUUGUGGUGAUGUGGUUGUCUCAAAGUUAUCUUUUGAGCUUAAAGCAGACAUGCAUCUCCUUAUUACUGGCCCAAACGGCUGUGGCAAGAGUUCAUUGUUUAGAAUUCUCAGUGGAUUAUGGCCUAUUUACAAUGGACGAUUGAGCAGACCACAUCCCAAACACAUGUUUUAUAUUCCUCAGAGGCCGUACAUGACGCUGGGAACUUUACGUGAUCAAGUCAUCUAUCCGGACUCUAGAGCUGAUAUGGAAGAGAAAGGUCUAAAAGAUGAAGAUUUAGAAGAUAUUCUUGGUGUUGUCCAUUUACAACAUGUUGUGCGAAGAGAAGGAGGUUGGGAUGCUACUGGUGAUUGGAAGGAUAUCCUAUCCGGAGGUGAAAAACAACGUAUGGGAAUGGCGAGAUUAUUUUAUCAAAGGCCACAGUUUGCAUUGCUGGACGAAUGUACAAGCGCUGUGAGUAUCGAUGUGGAAGGAAAGAUAUAUCAAGCUGCAAAAGAUCUUGGCAUUACUCUGUUGACUAUUUCACAUCGAGCAUCUUUGUGGAAAUUCCACACACAUUUGCUUCAAUUUGACGGUGAAGGAGGCUGGCGUUGGGAGGUCUUGGAUACAGCAACGCGACUCACAUUACAUGAGGAAAAACAACAAUUGGAAUCUCAACUUUCUGGAGUGCCCAAGAUGCAAGAGAGAUUGAACGAAUUAUGUAAUGUACUUGGAGAAGAUUCUGUACUUCGUCCUAAGCCUAAAUAAGACCUGCUUCUGGUGGACCAGUUAAGAGAUCCCUUUUUGGAGGAUAAAUUUUUAAGGCUUUCUUUUAGAAGAAGAGUUCUGAUUAAGUUCCAUUGUUACUGGAAACAACCGAGAGUGGUUCAAAACGAUGCAGGGAUUCUUAUACUAAAUUGUAGGCCAUAGCCUUACCACUGGCCUAUCAGUGCUGACGGCGAGGGAGUAAAGUUUUUUUAUUUUA